AUGUCUCUGGCUGAGGUUUCUGAAGCGAGGAAGGCACGUUUAAUCGCUCUACGGAAGAGGAGAGCAGGAGAAGGAGACCUAAGCGAACCUAUACUCUCCACGCGAAACUUUGAUCCGGAGACCAGAACGUUAAGGAAACGUCCGACCGGUCAAGACGAGGAAGACACGGUGGAGAAAGCGGUGGCUGGCCUUGCCGAACGUAUCCUAUCCGAGGAUGAAAGUAGACGAGAGCAGGAUCUUGACUUAUUCAACAUUGCACCCAAACGGCCAAACUGGGAUCUCAAGCGUGACAUGCAGAAGAAACUGGCGAAGCUAGAUCGACAAACUCAACAGGCCAUACACACGCUCAUUCGUCAACGCCUGGCGGCACAAAAAGGGCAGUCUGAUGAUCUCGUAGGCGCCAUGCGUGCCGCCCAACCAGACGAAGAGCCAGGGUCCGAUGAAGAGUAG